AUUCUCGGAGAGACCUUUUAGUUAGAAAGCUGGAAGACACCUCAGUCCGCCUGAAAAAGUUGCGAAAACGUCGCCUAGCAUACACAUCUGUCACACAGGCUAUCACCGGAUGCUCGACUGACAUCGACCGUUAUCUGAUGGAGUGUUUGGUUGUGUUCUACCCCCUAGAGAUGCUUGCAUUUGCUCACUACUCUAUGGUCAGUGGUCGUCCCAAAUGCAAAGUCAACGGGAAACACGCGAACUGCUUAUAAUUUCACGGAGGCGGGAGGAGGAUCUUCAGAACAUCGAACAGUCCUUCGCACCACUAUCUGUAUCGCCUUUAUCCGGAAGCAUCGCGCCUGGCUGCGUGACACUAGUAGACGCAACAGGCCGCCGCCAAGCAAUAUCAGUGAACUGGUGCACCUCAUAUCAGCAACUCAAUUGCAUGCUCCGAGUUCUGUUUGAACGCGAUGCGGUCGAAGCCCAAAUUCAAAGACGAUAUAUAGAAGAAGAAAAGUACGAUUUGUGCAUCGACGAGGGCAAGAAAGUGACCCCACUUACAAGCCACAAAUGGUCGAGCAUUGAACCAGGCACGAAGAUUGUGAUGAGGGUUACCAUUCAACAGGAGACGUCAUCACUAUCUGGAGUCGACUAUCGAUGUCAUUUCUGCGGCGCUGUGAAUCGCCUUGGUGCCAGAUCUGUGAAAUAUGAGUCUCGAGGGCGGACUGUUUGCUCGACUGAAUGUCGAGAAUGUAAACGAUGCUUCCAGAUCACCCGUAGCUUGACGAACCCGAGAAAACGAUCCCCUCACAGUGACUCCAACCACAAGACUGACGCAGAAACGCUUCUUGUUCGCAACUUUCAUGUCCAGCAAAUUUCUGUGCGUGAUCUGGUCUUUCGACCUUCUUAGGCGACACUGACCGUGCCACGGACAUGUCCCGCUCUCAGUUGGUGCGUGAUCUGGUCUUUUGACCUUCUUAGGCAACGCUUACCGUGCCACGGCCAUGUCCCGCUCUCAGUCUGUGCGUGAUCUGGUGUUUCGACCUUCUUGGGCAACGCUGAUCGUGCCACGGCCAUGUCCCGCUCUCAGUCUGAAGUGCGUGAUC